AUGGAUUCUGAACAAGAAGAAGCAGUUCGUAGUACUAAUGAUGAUGCAGUCAUUAGCAAAGCGUCGGCUGUGCAGGCAGAUUAUAUCUCUGAUAACUUUGUGAAAUACUUUGUCAAACGACCGCCUCGGCGUCCCCCUAUAAUCAACAGAGGAACCUACGUACGCACUACCGGACUAGACACGUUGAUAACGAAAUUCCUGGAAACUGGGAAUGUCAAGAAACAAGUUGUAUCACUCGGCGCCGGAUCGGAUACGCGAUAUUUUUCAUACAAGGAGAGAUCUCGACCAUUUCAUAAAUACUUUGAAAUCGAUUAUCCCGAGAUUACGAGUAGGAAGGUAGCAAUUAUUCGUAGACACAAGCAAAUGUAUACAUUAUUGGGUGAAUCAGCACGACUCGGUAUGAGUGGUAUGGAACUUUACGCGGACGAUUAUUGCUUGAUUGCCGAAUGCGUGCUUAUCUAUAUGGAGCCGGAAGAUUCCGAUAAAAUCGUACGAUGGGUUGGAGAGAAUAUGAGCGCGGCCGUGUUUGUUGUGUACGAGCAAAUCCUUCCUGGUGAUGCGUUCGGGUCAGUAAUGUUACAGAAUUUGAGAAUGAGGAACAUUGAACUUCGAGGCAUCUGCGCGUAUCCGAGUUUGGAGAGUCAAAAAGAAAGAUUCUUGAAGAGAGGUUGGACGCAUGCUGAAGCUAUAGAUAUUAACGAACUGCAUGAUAGUCAUAUCGAUCCACAUGAAUUGGAAAGAAUAUCAAAAUUGGAGCUACUUGAUGAAAUUGAGGAAUGGCGUCUGCUGUCCGCGCAUUAUUGUAUAGCGUGGGCCUAUGUCGCCAAAAACGAAAGCAUAAGGGAAAUGUUUGAACAAGUGACAUUUGUCGACUAUAGUCCAAUAUCAUCGACGCGGCGUAUUGCUACGUGA